AUGAAAAGAAGACCCGAGUUGUCACUACGUGCAGCUGAAGCGACUAGUCUGGCAAGAGCAACAGCAUUCAAUAAAUAUAAUGUCAGUGAAUCCUUCAAAAAUCUUCACAAGGUUCGUGCAGGGCAUAACUUUGGUCCGGAGAACAUAUACAAUGUAGAUGAAACUGGACUCACAACUGUGCAAAAGCCUGUUAAAGUUAUAGCCGGUCGAGGAUUGAAACAAGUCGGAAGGAUGACAUCUCAGGAAAGAGGGAAAUUAAUUACAGUAUGCUGUGCUAUAAAUGCAAUUGGUAAUUCCAUACCACCUUUGUUUAUUUUUCCUCGUGUCAACUUCAAAGAGUUCAUGAUAAGAGAUGGUCCUCGAGGUUGUGUCGGAUUUGCAAAUCCAUCUGGUUGGAUGAGUUCUGACAUUUUUGUGGAGUGGUUGAAACAUUUCAUAAAACACUCAAAGGCUUCAUUUGACUACCCUACUUUACUGUUAUUGGAUAACCAUGAAAGCCAUAUAUCAGUUGCGGCUUUAGAUGUUGCAAAAUCACAUGGUAUUAUAAUGCUCAGCUUUCCACCCCACUGCAGCCACAAAUUGCAGCCUUUAGAUAGAGCCGUGUUUGGUCCUCUGAAGAAAUACUACAAUACGGCUUGUGACAACUGGAUGGUCAGUAACCCAAGACCACUGACAAUAUAUGAUAUUGUACCAAUUGUUCGGGAAGCAUAUACUAAAGCUUUUGCAAAAUCGAAUAUAGAAUCUGGAUUCCGAAUCGCUGGCAUAGAACCUUACAAUCCGGACAUUUUUACAGAUGAUGAUUUUUUAGCAGCAUCGGUUACAGAUCGCCAUACACCUGCUACAGAAAUGGACACAGACAACAGUGCUUAUGGAGUAACAGCUACAUCCAAUAAUGUGGAGCCAUCACAAAUGGUUCUAGCUGAUGAUGGAGAACCAGAACAAAUGACUUCAAAUCCACUAAAAAGAAAGUUAUUCAUUACAUUGGCCAAAUAA